AGGAAAAGAGGUAAUCAAAGAAGAGCAGCUGCCGUUGCCCUGCCACCCUUCUUAUUACAUCCUCGAAUCAAAUCAGGAGCAGCCCACCAAGAAACGCACUACAAUUUUGACAACAAAGUUCUACUUCAAGUCACUCCGGUGAUAGCUUUUGUUGCUCAAUUUCCUUUCGGAAUCCGAGUGAGUGGAUUCAGCCAUGGGCGGCCAAGAAUCGUUCAUAUACAGCUUCGUAGCGCGCGGCACGAUGGUGUUGGCGGAGUACACCGAGUUCACCGGCAACUUUCCGGCGAUUGCUGCUCAGUGUUUGCAGAGGUUGCCGUCUUCCAACAACAAGUUCACGUACAAGUGUGAUCACCACAUUUUUAACUUCCUAGUUGAAGAUGGUUAUGCAUACUGCGUCGUUGCCAAAGAAUCCGUCGGCAAACAGAUCUCAAUUGCACUUUUGGAACGUAUAAAAGCUGAUUUCAAGAAAAGAUAUGGAGGUGGUAAAGCAGAUACAGCAGUUGCGAAAAGUCUGAACAAAGAAUUUGGGCCUCUAAUGAAAGAACACAUGCAAUACAUUAUUGAUCAUGCCGAUGAGAUUGAGAAACUAUUGAAAGUUAAGGCCCAAGUUUCAGAAGUCAAAAGUAUUAUGCUGGAGAAUAUAGACAAGACUAUGGAAAGAGGUGAAAUCCUAACCAGCCUAAACGACAAGGCAGAGGACCUGCGCAAUUCGGCUCAAGAAUUCAAGAAACAAGGGCAGCAAAUCCGACGAAAAAUGUGGUACCAAAACAUGAAAAUAAAGUUAGUUGUGCUCGGAAUCAUCCUCCUCCUUGUCCUCAUAAUCUGGCUCUCUGUUUGCCGCGGUUUUAACUGCACCAACUAGAAGUAUCUUCUGUUUACGACACGUGAGGGAGUUUUCUGCAAAUAGUUUAGAGCUUGAUUCGAGAGAUUAUCAACAGCCCCCUUUCUCCUCAUCUCAUGUUCUCUUGACGACGGGGGAACUGUGGAAGAAGAAGACAUUACGUGCACCGCUGCCGAUAUAAUUGCUGUAACUGUUUGUUCUACAUCUUAUGUAUAAUACACAUUCUUUCUUAGUUUUACAGAAUAAAUAAUAGAAGGUAUUCUUGAUGCAACAUUCGUCUAUUUCCUAAUACUUGAGAGUUGUUUGCUUCAUGUGGUUUCAUUGGCUGAUCUCACAAUAUGAUACAGAAACGAGCACUUUCACAUUGACCAGCAUCGAUGAAAGCUCGUCCCAUGCAGUCGUCUCGUUCAAUAAUAUGAGUGAUACAAUGUCGAAGAACGAUGGAAGAAUCAUCAUUAUCCAGCUACAGAUGUUGUGCCAAGAUCUGCAGAGGCAAAAGCAUCUGGUGGAGAUAACAUCACCGAGCUUUAUCCCACAUGGACAAAGAAAAGCAAAAGGGGGUAAUCCUACAGACUAUAAAAUGGGCCGGGCAAACCCGUUUUGAAGCAUACCUUUCUCGGCCUUUUGGCUAAGAUCAAGUGUAGUAUCUGUUCUUAUCAGUUUAAUAUCUGAUACGUGGGCCAUCGGCCCACAUGAUAUUAAAUUAAUUUUUUUAGGGGGAAGGCCCAAUAAGGUAGCUUGCUGCCUGGGUCUUCGCGCGUCGCCCAUGCGUUGCACUACUGCUCGGGCCCGGCGCACCCCAC